AAAAAUUUGUAAUCAACAUGACGUGUCAUGGUAGCGACUAUAUAUCACAAAAUACUUAGUGUGUAUCUUUUCAAUAUUUAAUUACCAAUCUUGCUAUUAAAAUUAACAUUUUAUUGUAGACAAUAUAAUGUGGAGUUGUGAAUUCACUUUUAUGUAAUUUCUAUUUCUUUAAAACAUCAUUGAAAAGUCAUUUGCACAAAGCAAAAAUAAUAAUAAAGGACAAUGAUGUUAAGAUUGAUAAGUGUUUUGUGCGUAAUUCCUCUUAUUCCAGGAUUUUAUUUACCUGGAUUAGCACCGGUGAAUUUUUGCAAAGCCGGUGAUACGACAGAAACUUGUAAGUCGGAGAUAAAUAUGUUUGUAAAUCGACUAAACUCGGAACAAAAUGCUCUUCCCUAUGAAUAUCAUCAUUUUGACUUUUGUCCAAGUGAUGAAAGUUUAUCACCAGUUGAAAAUUUAGGCCAAGUUGUAUUUGGAGAACGAAUUAGACCUUCUCCCUAUAAGCUUGAAUUUUUGAAAACUUAUAACUGUGCAAAAGUUUGUGUUAAAACUUAUACUGGUGGAAAUGAAGAAGACAACAGAAAAUUGCAGUUACUUAAGAAAGGAAUGGCACUCAAUUAUCAGCAUCAUUGGAUUGUUGACAAUAUGCCAGUAACAUGGUGUUACUCAGUAGCAGAGGAUCGUCAAUAUUGUAGUAUUGGUUUUCCGAUGGGAUGUUUUAAUGGCCAAACACGAACAGAAGAAGAUCCUUGCGGCAUUAAUCCCAACUACAACAAAUUAAAUACAUAUUACUUGUUCAAUCAUGUGGAUUUAACAAUUACUUAUCACAGCGGAGCAAAGGAGGAAUGGGGUGCUGGUUUCAAAGAAAAUGGAGGGCGUAUUAUAUCUGUUAAGGUAAACCCUCGAAGCAUUAAGCAUCCAGAAAAAGUAUUGGAUUGUGUAUCAACUAGUCCUUUGGAAAUUCCCGCAGAUGAGCUUCAUCAAGGAGAUAAAUUGGCUAUCACAUAUUCAUACUCUGUUAAAUUCCAGGAAAAUAAUGUUAUCAAAUGGUCUUCAAGAUGGGAUUACAUUCUAGAAUCAAUGCCACAUACAAAUAUUCAAUGGUUCAGCAUUUUGAAUUCACUGGUUAUUGUAUUAUUUCUGUCAGGAAUGGUUGCAAUGAUUAUGCUUCGAACUUUACACAAAGAUAUUGCUCGCUACAAUCAGGUAUACUUCCAGAUAGAGUCAGGCGAAGAUGCGCAAGAAGAAUUUGGAUGGAAACUGGUUCACGGCGAUGUAUUUCGACCUCCUCGGAAAGGAAUGCUUCUAUCUGUUCUCUUGGGAUCAGGCAUCCAAGUAUUUUUCAUGACUCUUGUUACUUUAGCCUUUGCGUGUCUCGGAUUUCUAUCGCCUGCAAACAGAGGAGCUUUAAUGACUUGUGCAAUGGUUUUAUACGUUUGUUUGGGAACAACUGCCGGUUACGUUUCGGCUAGAAUGUACAAAAGUUUUGGUGGUGACAAGUGGAAAUCGAACGUACUUCUCACAGCGAUGCUCAGUCCGGGAAUCGUCUUCAGUUUAUUCUUCGUAAUGAAUCUUAUCUUUUGGUCGAAAGGCAGUUCUGCUGCUGUGCCAUUCAGUACACUUAUAGCUCUUUUGGCUCUCUGGUUUUGCAUCUCAGUUCCACUGACUUUUAUUGGAGCUUAUUUUGGAUUCAGAAAACGACCUUUGGAACAUCCAGUAAGAACGAAUCAAAUUCCGAGACAAAUACCUGAACAGAGUUUCUACACACAAGCAGUACCUGGAGUAGUAAUGGGUGGUGUUUUACCAUUUGGUUGCAUUUUCAUACAAUUGUUCUUCAUUCUAAACUCUCUUUGGUCAAAUCAAAUGUACUACAUGUUCGGCUUUCUCUUUUUGGUAUUUUUGAUUUUGAUCAUUACUUGUUCAGAAACGACCAUUCUCCUCUGCUAUUUUCAUCUCUGCGCAGAAGACUAUCAAUGGUGGUGGCGCAGUUUCUUAACUUCUGGAUUCACAGCUUUUUAUCUUUUAAUUUAUUGUGUACAUUAUUUUAUGACGAAAUUGAAUAUAGAAGAUGCAGUUUCAACUUUUCUUUACUUCGGAUAUACAUUUAUAAUUGUCUUCUUGUUCUUCCUAUUGACAGGGUCGAUUGGAUUUUUUGCAUGUUUCUGGUUCGUGAGAAAAAUUUACAGUGUAGUAAAAGUUGACUGAAACAAAUAACAAGUAAGUGACAACAUUUUUAAAUGUGUCAUAAUCUACGCAAACGAUAAUUGUCGUACUUUCAAUUGGAAAAUCGUAAGAAAUGUUUAGAUUUAUUUAAAAAAGUUCUGCAAAAACAAAAAGUACUACAAAAAACUAAAAAAAAAAAAAAAAAAAAAAAAAAAAAAAAAAAAAAAAAAAAAAAAAUUUAUACCAUACGUACAUAUAAAUGUAACUUGACCGUAAUUUAUUUAAAGGCACAUUAAAACAUGAAUAAUUUUUUUCAUCACUCGUUUGUCAACAGUCGAGCGCCUUCGUUAAAUUUCUCGUCCUUGGCGCGGUUGUUCGCUACAAAAACAGUUGGGCAGCAGUCAAGUUUAAUAACUUAACUGCUACCACCGCGUACAAUCGAGCGUUGAGCGAAUUAUUUAUUACAUCCAGACGCUCAACUGUAUGUGUUUGUACUUUUUUCCUUAGAGUAAUAAUAAUUUCUUCAAUACUGAGUUAUAAAAUCUAAAUAAUUUCAUCAUCAGCAAAAUUAUUACUGCAAAUAAAAAUUUAUUAUUCGACUAUAAUUUUAUAUAAAAUGUGAAUGCAAGGUUGCCUACAAAAGUGGUCAGUUAUUUGAAAAUGAAAAGAAAACUGAGAAUUACUUUGUAGCGCGGUUGUAUAUCUAUUGUUGUAAAUAAAAGAUGACGAGAAAGAGAA